AUGGCCGGCUGCAGCCGCGGCAUUCUAAUCGCCGGGGCCACGAACCGGGCACGGACGCAGAUGGCGGAGGGCAUUUUGCGCCGCCUGACGGCGAACACGGUGUUCGUCAAGAGCGGCGGCGUCCACCACGAGGCGACGGUCCACCCGCUCGCCGUCAAAGUGAUGCGCGACAUCGGCGUAGACAUCAGCGGUCAGUCCGUCUCGUCGCUCGAAAGCGCCCGGCGGCAGCGCGGCACGUACGACGCGUACAUCAGCAUCGACUGCAGCUACGACCGGCGCACGACGGGAACGGCGCAGCGGCCGCCUGCCGGGGUCGAACGGCGCGUGCGGGAGGCGCAAGGGACUGCCAGCGGCGCGACUGCUGCUGCUGCCGCUGAGCAGGAGGAGGCGGAAGAAGGGGAUGCGGCGUACUACGACCCCCUGCUUUUCCCCGGCACGCCGUCGCACUGGGAAUACGGCGCUGAUGCGACGGACGCCCGGCGGCGCUGGAAGAUCUGGAGUCCACGCGACCCAGCGAUAUUCCACGAAAACUCCACACGUAAGUUUCAGGACCACUUGUAUGCGGGGGAGCCGCUCUUCAUGCAGCUGCACACGAGCGUCGCACGCGCCGCGAUGAAGGUCUCGGAGCGGUGGGAGAUGGAUGAGGUCGCCACCCGCCACGCGCUUGAGCGCCGCGGCGAGCACGAGGCCCGCUUCCUGCGGGCGCGGGAUGAGCUGCUGCGGCGGUGUGCGGCGUUUCUGUUGCGGCUGGAGCAGCACUACGGCGAGAGUCUCCUGCUGGACGCAGAGGUGCUGCGUAAGCCGCCCCCUGCCGCGUAG